UCAUUGAUUUCACUUUGAUUCCUCGUCUCUUCUCCUCCUCUAUAUAAACGACGCCGCGCGCGCGGGCUCGCCGCGGCGGCCAUGGAGGAGUUCCAAGAAGCCGACGUCCUCUGGCCGGACCACCACCAGCACCUCCGCCGCGACGACGACGCCCGCCGCCGCCGCCACCAGGAGCAGCAGCAUGGUGGCGUGGACGACGCCGACGACUCGCGUGGCGGCACUGGCACGCCGUCGGCGCCCGUGGGCAUCCCGGUGACAAGGGCGCCGACGACGCGGAGGAUCAGCCACGGGAGCACGGCGCCGGCGGCGGCGUUCGUGCCGCCGCACGAGCUGGUGGCGGCGAGGGCGCGGCGGUGCUCGGAGGAGAGGGCGGCGUUCUCGGUGUGCGUGGGGAACGGGCGCACGCUCAAGGGCCGCGACCUCCGCGACGUCCGCACCGCCGUGCUCCGCAUGACCGGCUUCCUCGAGACCUGAUCGAACACCUCGCGACUCUUCUUCUCUUCUUUUCUGUUCUUUCUUCUUUUUUGAAAGAACUCCUGAACCGCGCGUGACUAGCUAGCUUGCCUAUGAAUUUGUGCUUAGUUUACCUAUGUAAUUCUAGCGAAAAUUAAUCUGGACUUUCCAAAGUUUGCUAAAGAACGAUGAACCGCGAACGAAUUCGCGACCAAUUCUCAUUUCUCAGAAGGCGUCUUAAUUUAAUUUGUCAGAAAAA